AUGGCACCAACUAUAUCAUUCAAGAAAAAAAGCAACAAAAAACAACAUGCAUUACCUUCUUCAUCUUCCAUACAAUCACUUCCAAGAGAUUUGUUACUUGACAUGCUUAUAAGUGUAACCUCUCAAUCUUUUGUUGAUCUUUACAGCAUGAAAUUGUGUUGUCGAAAUUUUCUUCAAGUCGAGGAAGAAAACUACGUGUUACAAAAAGUUUCGCUAAAUCAAUUUCCCUUGAUUCAAUGGUUUCCUAACAAGAAAGAAUUAUCUUUUUUAGCGCGUUGCAAGGAAAGUGGAAAUAUUGAAAGCUUGUUUAGAGAAGGAUUUCUCAAAUAUUUUAGUUAUCCGAAUGGAAAUAUCGGUGGCCUUGAGAGAUUAAAAACAGCGGCUCAAAAGGGUCAUAAAGAAGCCAUAUACAUCUACGGUAUGAUCAUGUUGUGUUCCAAAGAUUACGAAUCAAGAAAAGAAGGACUUAAACAUAUGCGUUCUUUGAGGAUGUCGAAAUGUAUUAUGAUAACAAGAAAGAAGGUUCAAUAUUUAACAAGUUCUUUAUGGAGAAAUAAUGGCUUAUUGGCACGCAAUCAAACUCCUCUAUGCGAUUCAAAGGACACUUGUAAGGGAUGGAGAGUGAAGAAAGGUAGAUGGUUAUUAUUUGACGAUGAAGAUGAUGACAUUGAAUCGUGUGAAGCUUGUAGAUGGGAUCACGAGUUAGAGUUUUUUUAUAAGUUAUUUAAUGUUUAG